AUGCAUGACCACAACAACACUCUCGAGUGGGACAUCAAUGAUAAUCACAUUCCCAAACGUUUGGGCACAGCGUUAGGCACCGGCUCUCCAAACACUGUCUCCGGUGUGACAACACAUGAUGCCUUCCAAGAGUGGGCUGACGGACACUCCAGGUUUGUCUAUAGACCCGACUCGGAAGAGGCGCGCAGGCAUUCAAGCGGUUGGGCGAUGAGAAACACUAACAACCAUAACGUCCAUAUACUCAAGAAGUCGUGUCUCGGCGUUUUGGUCUGUAAUAAACACUGCAUAUUAGACAACGGGGACACCAUUCACUUGAGACCAGCCAUUUGUGAUAAGGCACGUAAGAAGCAACAGCACAAGGCCUGUCCCAACCACAAGUGCACGGGUAGGCUAGAAGUGCAGCCGUGUCGCGGACACUGUGGAUACCCAGUCACUCACUUCUGGAGACACACAGAAUUUGCUGUCUUUUUUCAGGCCAAAGGAAAUCACGACCACCCGAGGCCUGAACCCAAGUCUAGCGCUGAGGCCCGAAGAGUGGGACACUCUUAUAAGUUCUCUCGAGGAAUCACACGUUCAUUAUUACUGAACAAUUCGAUCGCUUCUUCACUACAGUUUUGA